AUUCAAACAGCCAGCAGCCACAUACGCUGCGUUUGAGCUUAUGUUUGAUUUUUUCUGAUUUUUAUUUUUUUAUAUACCCAUGCUUAGAAAGAAUCCUGACAAUGGUCUGGAAACGGACCGCCUCUUCAGACACCUAGAUAUAUAUUUUUACAAGACGCACCAGCUCUGAAUUUCGCGUUUAUCGGAGAAAAAGCGACACAUUGACGAGGAGUCAUUUGACACCGACCGCUGCUGGAGCCGGAGGACUUUGUGUGCGAAGUUUGCGCCGGUGAGAGGGGGGCCAAGUCGGAGAUAUCUCGGCCAUAUCCACGGCAUUUCUACCCUGAAAGGUGGGAGUCAGGCAGUUUGUGGUCAUGCUGUCCCUGGACGAGCCCCUGGACCUGAAGCUCCCUCGGCGGGCGAAUGGGUGGGACAGAGGGGCGCGCUCUCCCCCCAUCUCCCCACUGCACCCCAAGCGAGCUCGCCAGAUCCGCAUGGCGGAUGACGGCACCGCAGUCAUAGAGCCCGCCUCGCCAGAAUCACCACACACAGGUGUGCAGGUGGUCCCUCAUGAUCGGACAGAUACCCCCACCCCCCCUGCGGUGGACCUGAGCAUGUCUCCCUCCUCCCGCCACACCCCCAGCUCUCCAGAAAUGACCAACGGCAACUACAUCCCCUCAGGAAAUUCUCACAUCUCACAGGCCUUUCAGUUCUUCUUGCCAAUCGGAGCUGGGGCGGGACUCCACCUGCCAUCCUCUAUGUUCAUUGGCCAGACUAGCGACAAGAGAUCCUCUCCUGACCUCUCAGCGGAUGAACAACUGGCCUGCCACUGGAAGAAGUGCCAUCUGCUCUUUGACUCCCUGCAAGACCUGGUGGACCAUGUCAAUGACUUCCAUGUCAAGCCUGAGAAGGAUUCUGGGUACUGCUGCCACUGGGAGGGCUGCGCUCGCAAAGGGAGGGGUUUCAAUGCUAGGUACAAGAUGCUCAUCCACAUCCGCACUCACACUAACGAGAAGCCCCAUCGCUGUCCCACCUGCAACAAGAGCUUCUCACGCCUGGAGAACCUCAAGAUACACAACCGGUCACACACAGGUGAAAAGCCCUACAUCUGUCCUUACGAAGGUUGCAACAAGCGCUACUCCAACUCCAGCGACCGCUUCAAGCACACUCGCACACACUAUGUGGACAAGCCUUACUACUGCAAGAUGGUGGGCUGCCUGAAGCGCUACACAGACCCGAGCUCUCUCCGCAAGCACAUCAAGGCCCAUGGCCACUUUGUGACGCAGGAGCAGGGCGCCGCAGGUGGAGUAGGCUCGCUGCUGAGGGGGAGUCAGAGUGGAAUGCUCGCUGGCGAAGGGGGUAAGGAUUCGGAGCUGUCCUACGUGAGUGCAGCCCACAUCAUCAUCCCAGGGGCAGCAGCAGCUUUCCUUGGGGGCCAUGCUCUGCACGGUCUGGGUGGUGCACUUCCCCUGUCCCCCCUCAGUAAUCGGCCCCUGGACCUCAGCAACCUCGGUUGCCCCGGAUCACCUUCAGGCAGCCUGGGAGGCGCAUCCAUCCUGUCCUUCAACGGGUCCCCGCUGGGCCUGGCCAAAUCCCCUCUGCUCUCCCAGGGCUUCCCCUCCUCGGCCCUGGGUCUGUCCAUGAUGCCCAUGCUGGGGGCUUCGUCUGACCGCAGGUCCCACAGCCAACAGGCCAAGAGGGCGGGGGAGGAGGCAGAGAACGAGGUGACUGGGGGGGUCUUGAACCUCUCCACGGGAUCCCAUGAUCCCCUGUCCUGGGUGGUCAUCCCCCCAGGCACCGUGGUGCUCAAGCCAGCUGUGGUCAACUGA